CCCCCGGCAGUGGAGUGCUCGCGUUGGUUUGGCCACAAAAGACCUGGCCGUGGAGUCCUGGCUAAAGGGGUUGGGCAGGGGCUGCGAGGGGCGAGGAGUGCGCGGCUCUUCCCCGCGCGCCCCGCGGAGCCGCGCCUUCUCAGCGGGCCAGUUGCUCUGGCAGGGAGCGGGGGUGGAGGGGAGCCAGGGUUUGUAUCUGCCCAGAGCCAGGCAAAACUGACAGGGAGGGCGAGGCACUCUGCUAACACUAUCAAUUAUGCAUCGUGUUGAACGAGGCUUCGGGGAGGGGGAGGCCAGCAGCCCGCAGGAGGGGAAGGGUCCGAGCGAGCCGGGCACCGCCGUUCCGCCGCCCCGCUGGAGCGCUUUCUGCGCUACCGCUUGCUUUUGGGUUUAAAAAAAAGAAAAAAGUGUUUAAAGGGAAAGACACACCCCUCCAGCUCUCUGCUUUCUUUCUCCCAAAUUCCUCAAAGACGGUUUGUCUCACGUGUUGCGGGGCGUAGAACGACUCGCAUUCAAUUAGCAGCAAAGCUCGCGGGCGCUUGACGGGCCAGGCGCGGAGGCAACAGAUGCCCGGCGCCCCCCGCGGCCGUCCUCGGGGCCGGGAGAAGGGCUCGCAGCCCGAGGUGGCACGCGGCAGGUCAGAGGGCAACAGGAAGUGUGUGUGAGUGCUGUGCGUGGGACAAAGGAUUCCAAAGAAGACAGUCUGUCCCGAACGAAAUCUUUCUGCAUCUCCGUGUCACUGGGUUAAAUGAAGGCAUAGAAGGAAAGGAGCCGUGAUGGGGCCCUUUGGAGCCCUGUGUUUGGCCUGGGCUUUGCUAGGAGUGGCCAGGGCCUGCCCUGAGCCUUGCGCCUGUGUGGACAAGUACGCCCACCAGUUUGCAGACUGUGCCUACAAGGAGCUGCGCGAGGUCCCGGAGGGGCUGCCGGCCAACGUGACCACGCUGAGUCUGUCCGCCAACAAGAUUACGGUGCUGAGACGGGGGGCCUUCGUCAACGUCACGCAGGUCACCUCGCUGUGGCUGGCUCACAGUGAGGUGCGCACCGUAGAGUCGGGGGCCUUGGCAGUGCUCAGUCAGCUCAAGAACCUCGACCUCAGCCACAACCUCAUCUCCAGCUUCCCUUGGAGCGACCUCCGCAACCUGAGCGCGCUGCAGCUGCUGAAGAUGAACCACAACCGCCUGGGCUCGCUGCCCCGGGACGCCCUCGGAGCGCUCCCGGACCUGCGCUCCCUGCGCAUCAACAACAACCGCCUGCGUACGCUGGAGCCCGGCACGUUCGACGCGCUCAGCGCGCUGUCCCACCUGCAGCUCUACCACAACCCCUUCCACUGCAGCUGCGGCCUCGUGUGGCUGCAGGCCUGGGCCGCCAGCACGCGGGUCUCCUUGCCGGAGCCCGAUUCCAUCGCCUGCGCCUCGCCUCCCGAGCUCCAGGGAGUGCCGGUGCACCGCCUGCCCGCCCUGCCCUGCGCGCCGCCCAGCGUGCGCCUGAGCGCCGAGCCGCCGCCCGACGCGCCCGGCGCCCCUCUGCGCGCAGGCUCGGCUUUCCUGCUCCACUGCGCCGCCGAAGGCCACCCCGCCCCCCGCCUGCAAUGGCAACUUCAGAUCCCGGGUGGCACUGUCGUCUUAGAGCCGCCGGUGCUCCGCAGGGAGGAUGACGGAGCAGGCACGGCGGAGGACGGCGAGGCUGCCGGAGACGAGGACCUGCCCACGCAGACUGAGGCGCCGACUCCGGCUCCAGCGCCUGCUUGGCCAGCGCCCCCGGCCACCCCGCGCUUCUUGGCCCUCGCAAACGGCUCCCUGCUGGUGCCUAUCCUGAGUGCCAAGGAGGCGGGCAUCUACACAUGCCGCGCACAUAACGAGCUGGGCACCAACUCCACGUCAGUGCGGGUGACGGUGGCUGCCGCGGGGCCGCCGAAGCACGCUCCUGGAACAGGGGGAGAGCCUGAUGCCCAGGCUCCGACCUCUGAGCGCAAGACCGCCACUAAAGGCCGCAGCAACAGCGUCCUGCCCUCCAAGCCUGAGGGCAAAACCAAAGGCCAAGGCCUGGCUCGGGCCAGCACCCACGGGGAAACCGAGGCGGAGCUGGAGGAGAGCGAUGAGGGCGAGGGCGAGCCGGUGGGGGGCCAGCUCCCCGAGGAGCCGCUGGGGGAGAAGCCCUGCGGCCACGGGGACCCCUCUCGCUACGUCUCCAACCAUGCGUUCAACCAGAGCUCGGAGCUGAAGCCUCACGUCUUCGAGCUGGGCGUCAUCGCGCUGGACGUGGCGGAGCGCGAGGCCCGGGUGCAGCUCACGCCUCUGGCCGCGCGCUGGGGGCCCGGGCCAGACGGCGCGGCCGGAGCGCGGCGGCCCGGGGGGCGGCCCCCGCGCCUGCUCUACCUGUGUCCCGCGGGGGGUGGCGCGGCAGUCCAGUGGUCGCGCGUGGAGGAGGGGGUCAACGCCUACUGGUUUCGCGGCCUGCGGCCGGGCACCAACUACUCCGUGUGCCUGGCACUGGCGGGCGAAGCGUGCCACGUGCAGGUGGUGUUCUCCACAAAGAAAGAGCUGCCGUCCCUGCUAGUUAUCGUGACGGUGAGCGUCUUUCUCCUGGUGCUCGCCACGGUGCCCCUGAUGGGUGCCGCCUGCUGCCACCUGCUGGCCAAGCACCCGGGCAAGCCCUACCGCCUCAUCCUGCGGCCACAGGCCCCCGACCCUAUGGAGAAGCGCAUCGCCGCCGAUUUCGACCCGCGGGCCUCCUACCUGGAGUCUGAGAAAAGCUACCCCGCCCGGGGCGAGGUGGGAGGCGAGGAGCCGGAGGAGGUCCCAGAAGAGGGCCUUGAUGAGGACGCGGAGCCGGGGGACCCGAGAGGGGACCUUCAGAGAGAGGAGAGCCUGGCGGGCUGCUCGCUGGCGGAGUCGCAGUCCAAGGCCAACCACGAGGAGUUCGAGGCUGGCUCCGAGUACAGCGACCGGCUACCCCUGGGGGCCGAAGCCGUCAACAUCGCCCAGGAGAUAAACGGCAACUACAGGCAGACGGCGGGCUGAGCCCAGGCGUGCCUGCCCUCCCCGCCCCGGGCCUCGCAGCCUGGGCCGGCAGGACCCCCCGCGGGACCCGGCCCACCCCAGCCGUCAGCCGCCCUGCCCCCUAGCCCUCUGCAGGCGUCCCUACCAGCAGUGGGCCGAGUUCCGCGUCCCGCUCAGUCCCCCGCUCGCUCGGCGGCCUCGGAUCCCCACCCCCACCCGAAGCACAGGCAGGCUCCUACCUCCUGCAAGACAGCGCGCAGGGGAGGCAGGAGACCGCCCACGCCUUCCGUCCACCGCGAAACCCACGGCGCGCCCACCCCGUGGAGUCUGGGGGCAAGGGGAGCGGCCAGCCGCUGGCCACACGCGCCCGGGGCCCCAGGGCAGGGCCCGCGCCGAGCGCUGUGUCUCCCACUUUGACCCCUCUCUGCCUCUUCAAGGUUGCAUGUGCCAGGAGCCCGCUCAUUUUUGGCCUCAAAGCCCCCUCCCCACGAUGGUCAAGUCCGAGGGGCCCGUCCCUCCACUCCUGCCCCUGCCCCAUUUCUGUCCAGUUAGGCCAGGCUGGGGCCUGGGGCGCCUUUCAGCCCAGCGCACUGAUUUUCUUAUUUUUCGUUGUUUUCAAAGACAGAGACAUUUCUGGGUCUGGUGCUAACACGCCCUUCCCAACUUCCGGGAGAGCGGGUGUGAGCGUGUCGGGUGUGGGAGUCGGAGUCCGUUCUCUUCCGCCUCUCCUCGUUUCCAGCGCCGCAGGACCGCGCGCCCCUUAGCCUCACAGGGCGCAGCCUCGGUCCCCGGCCAGUUUCCAUGUCAGUCUACCGCAGGUGCGGAGGCUGGUGCGAGCCGCGGUGGCUCUGGCGACUCCGCGGGAUGCAGACCCCAGCGGGGCGCGGAGAGCGCACUGUGGCUCCACGGGCGCGGCCCCUCCCGGGAGAGCGGGGCGGGCCCGGCUGUGGCCCCCGCGUGGGCGGUAGACGUCUGUGUCCUGUGAAGUGUGACCGUGUAGUAUAUGGGGGAGGGAGAGCGGGCGGGCAGGUGGGCGAGGAAGGAGGGCGGGGGAGGGCGGGGACGGCCAGGGGGCUGGGCAGGGUCAGAUUGUAGUUGUUUUAGGAAAGCGCCCGGGUAGGGGUCCGGGCGCCCGCCCUGCGCCCUAGCUCUGGGCGAAAUGCAGCACAAGCGUGGGUGACCCCAGGGGGAGUCGACCUCGGGGCCCACGUCCUUUUCUAAACGCUUCUGUACGUGAACUGUCAAUAAAGUCAUCGAUUUGAA